AUGAAGCUCAGCGUAGCCCUCUCUCUUGCAUUCUUGUGCGGGUCGGCUGUGGCUGACAACCUGGGAGAGCGUAUGCGCAAUGCUCGGUCGAGGCAGCAAGCCCAUCAAGAGCGUUUCAAACGGAUGCACGACGUCGAGAUGACCCCUGUGGUGCAUGAGCCAGGAGUGAUCAAGCGUCAGGAUGGUUCGCCUAUCACUUUCUCGAACCCUGCCGCUCAGAAGUUCUUCGUGAACGGGACCACGAUUCCAGACGUGCCCUUCGAUGCUGGUCCGUCUUGGAGCGGAUUGAUGCCUAUCUCCGGUAAUGCCAAUGAAACGAGGCAACUAUUCUUUUGGUUCUGGCCCACGACGAACGCGUCGAAUGCUAACGACCUCGUUUUCUGGACAAAUGGUGGCCCUGGCUGCUCUUCGCUCGAAGGAUUCUUACAGGAGAACGGUCCGAUCUCGUGGUCCUGGGGUCAGGCUCAACCUACGCCUAAUCCAUUCUCGUGGACCCAAUUGGCCAACGUGGUCUGGGUGGAACAACCGGUCGGAACCGGUUUCAGCCAAGGCACUCCCGAUAUCUCGAACGACGACGAGCUCGCAGCUGAGGUUAUGGGCUUUUUGCAACAAUUCCUGGAAGUAUUCGAUGAGCUGAAGGGAAGCGAUUUCUACGUGACGGGCGAAAGCUAUGCUGGCUUCUACGUUCCAUAUAUCGCGAACUUCAUCUACGAACAUCCAGGUGAACUCGACUUGAACCUGAGGGGAAUAUCGAUCGCAGACCCUUCGCUCUCAUACGAUUUCGUACAGGAGGACAUCCCCGCUCUGCGCUUUGCUCAGGCCAACGCGAACGUCUUCCCAUUCAACAGCACGUUCAUGGCUCAGCUGCAGAACAUCUCCGACACCUGCGGGUUCACGGAUUACCUCGACUUCGUGACGUACCCGCCGGCUGGACAGUUGCCUUUCCCCGCUGGUGUGAUCAACGGAACGACGUCCUUGGAGCGUUCGUGUGGUAUUUGGGAUAUGAUCAUCGACGCGGUGCAGCUGAUUAAUCCGGCAUUCGACGUUUAUCGAGUUACGGAGGCUUGGCCUAUUCCGUGGAGCGUUCUUGGGUUCCCUCGUUCGACUCAAGAGUUCAUUUACUUCAAUAGGACGGACGUCCAAGACGCCAUCCACGCGCCCCACAUCACCUGGUCCGAUUGCUCGAACGGCGCGGUGUACAUCAACGCCACGACGGGCAGAAGCGGACGUGACCAGAGCAUUCCAUCGACACUGAGCGUCCUGCCAAACGUCAUCGAGAAGAGCGAGCGGACGGUCAUCUUGCACGGUCUGGCGGAUUUCAUCCUGCUCGCGGAGGGAACUCGUAUCGCUAUCCAGAAUAUGACUUGGGGUGGAGCGCAGGGGUUCCAGACUCCGAUCGAAAAUGAGACAUUUAGCGUGAAGGAUAUGGGAGUGUAUGGGAAUAUGCACCAGGAGAGGAACUUGACCUACGUCGAGUUCUACUACAGUGGACAUAUGACCCCACAAUUCGUACCCUGGGCGGCGUUCCAGACUGCUGCUUUCUUGUUAGGAAAGGCCGACUCGCCUUCGGCUGCGUGAGUGACAGUUGAUUGCGCUUAGUGCUGUAACAUGAAAGGAACGGAAAGACGGGGUUGCGUAUGUAUGUAUCACAAUGUUGUAUAGCAUGGCUGAUUGGCUAGGAUCUUCAC